AUGUCUGAUCAAAAAAUUAUUACAGAAGUAGAUUCUGUGGCGAAUGAGAAACCCACCAAUAUAACAGUCAACGUUACGCCCACAAAACAGACGUGUAUUAGAUGUUCUACUGAUAUUUUGACAGGGCAUGCUUUUGAAUUAGGCACUAGCCGUUGGCAUACAGGAUGUUUUGCUUGCUACCGUUGUACCAAACAAUUGAAUUGUGAUUCGAAUUUCUUGGUUUUAGAUUCUGGAGCAUUAUUAUGUUUCGAAUGUUCAGAUUCGUGUAAAAGUUGUUCCAAAAAAAUAGAUGGUACGGCCAUCAUUUUAUCUUCCUCCAACGAGGCAUAUUGUCGUGAAUGCUUCACUUGCUAUAAAUGUAAAGGUCCCAUCACUGAUUUAAAAUAUGCAAAGACUAAACAUGGACUCUUUUGUUUAAAAUGUCAUGAAAAAUUAGUACUCAAAAGAAAACAAUACGACCAAAAGAAACGUGAACUAGCUUCUUCUAAACCAUUUAAUACAGAUGAUAACCAUUCAAUAAUCCCCCAAGAAAUAAUUAUGUCAGAUCAUAAUAAUAGUAAUAACAAUAAUAACAACCCACAGACUCUCAACCCUAGCUUCCAACCCUUGUGUUCUUCUUCCACAACCCCAACGCACGUGCCUCAGCGUUCACAACGAAGACCUCUUUCACCAUAUCGCCGAAGUUCCAUUUCUAGUAACCCUGAUAUCAAAAUUGAAAAAUUGUCCAAAAUUAGCAAGAUUGAGGAGCUAAAUCAUAAUCCUAACUCCCAAAACGUAAAUUUGCCCAAGACCGAAAUGAUAAUAACUCCAAAUGUAAGUAAUCUUUCAUCCGAUAUUGAAUUACCUACAGUUUCUGCCACAACCUCGGUAGAUACUACAACAAAUAAUACUACCAAGACUACUACUACUGCUAAUGAUGGAACCAAAUAUUCCAUUAUCCCAUCAGUAAAAGCUCUUUCAACUACCAAUGAAUCAAAUAGUAAGAGUGGUUCUCCCUUGGGAUUAACUACAUCAAUCUCGUCGAUUUCAUCAUUGUCUCCUUCUCCUUAUUAUUCAGAAGCUCAAAUUGGAAAUGCUUUUUACUCUUCUGGAAUUAAUACUUCUAAAAAUAACCCGAUUAGUUCCACUACGCCUGUACCUUGUCCAAUAAACGCUUCCACAAGUAUUUCUUCCCUUUCUAAUAAUACUAUAAACAAUAAAAUUAACAACAAUCCGGAGAAUUCCAAAAUUAAUGAUCUCUAUGGAAUUUCCAUCAAUCGUAGUAAUAGUAUAAGCACUAAUAAUAAUACUAGUGUUAGUAGUGGUAGAAAUAUUAGACGUACCAAUACAAAUCCAUUCUUUAAUGAUCCAACCUCUCAAUUCAAUCUUCGUAAUAAAAGCAUUGAACGAUAUUCUACAACAAGUUCAAACAUCACAAGGGAUUCUUUAAAGGACGAUCAAGAAGAUUCAAAUUCUUCAAUCGGAGACAUUCAAUUAUCCCAUUCCAAUUCCAAUUCCAAUUCUAAUUCUAAUAACUUAAUAGCUCGUAAACAAAUGAUUUUUUCUUUACAUAACUUGACGUCUUCGACCUCUAAAGAAUCUUCUGCUUCUAAAGAAUCUUCAAUUGAUCCAAAUAAUAAUAUUGAAACUGCCACUACUGAUUCCCGUGGAUCAAAAACUUUGAUUAAUCAAGCACAUAAUACCCAAGAACAUCCCAUAACAAGAUCAAAAACAAAUUCAACUACUGCUUCAAUAGUGGCUCAAUAUAUUAAUUCUAAUGAUCCCUUUAAAUCAGAUUCAACUGAAGAUGUAAGUAUUGAUAAUGAGAGCGUUAAUGACAAUAUCAGUACUACGAAUAAUAAUAAUGAUAAUGAUACCAAGAAAAAAAUGCCAAGAACUCGAACAGAUAUAAUUGAAGCAUUACACCAGCAUGAUGAUAAUAACCAUUUAAGUGUAGAUCAGAGAAAUAUUUCCAAGUCGUCUGAAUCAAUUGCUUCCAGAAAUAAUAAUGAUCUUAGAUCAACAGCAAGUAAAAAUUCUAUAGAUGAUAUUUUGAAUACAACUUUACAAGAUGAUGAGUUCAAAAGUGAUGAAAGUGAUGUAGAUCUGACUAAUUUCACAAGCGCAAACAAUUCUGCAACAAUUGGGACCUCUAUCAGCAAUAUCAACACAAAUAACACUGGACUUAGUGUAAACUAUUCAAUGGAAAAAAAUAAUAAUAAUUUAAGUCAUACAAAUUCCAAGUCAUUAUUAAAUAAGACACCCCUGAAAAAUUCAGAAUCACCUAUUAUGACUAUCGCUAACUCUCCUCCAUCUAUUUCAAAUACAUUUCAACAACCGCCAGUUUUAUCUCAUACAAAUUCAAAUGGUGCUCCAGUUAAUAGUCCAAUGGGAUUUAAUAGAACAGAACCAAUAUUUGCUAAUGAACAUUCAGCACCGGCCUUGUUCCCCACAGCACCACUUACAAACGAACACUAUCAAUCACACACACAUAAUCAAAAACAUUAUCUCAAUCACCAUACUCAUAGUCAUGAUAAUAAUACCAUACCCCCAAAGACUCCUCAAAAGGUGAAGAAUAAUGAAUCUAGUAUAAAGACUGCUUUGGUUGGUUCAGCAUCUAGCAACAAUAAAUCGAUUGCUGCCUUAUCUUUUAACCAAACACCUCCUGUAUUUGCUUCUAAUUCUACAAACACUACCCCAAAGACUCAAAUUAAAUCAACUUUCUCAAAUGAAACUUCUCCAAAACUGAAACUUAAAUCCCCAAGAGUGUCCACAACUUCUACAUUCACUAAUAAUAACUCAAAUUCUUCAAAAGAUCAUUCGAAAUCAUCAAAGCAUGGUUCAUCAUCAGCCUCUCAUGAUCAUAAAUCAAGUGAAAUGAGAUUAUCAAGAUCAUUUUCUUCAAAAGCUAAGAAUUAUUUACUAAAUCGAUCAAGUGGUUCUGAAUCAUCUAAUAAUAAUGCUACAAGUAAUUCUGAUAAAUUAAGAGACUCUAAAAGACUAAAUGACUCCAAAGAUAGUAAUGAUAAUAAAAGUAAUAGCCAUGGUCAUAUACUUAGAAGGAAAUCUUUGCAUUCCAGAAGUAAUUCUAGCAAUAGUAAUAAUCAUAAUAAUUCAACGGAAUCAACAAAGGUCAAAAAUUUAUCAGUUCAAAAGACAAAAUCAAAUCCCUCCAGUACAACCCCAACUGCUCCAACUUCCCCUAGACCAGACAACGAUACUUAUACAGGUUGGGGAGUAGCUAGUUCUAAUGAUAAUUUAGAAAAUAUUAAAGCCAACAAUGGUUCAAUUCCAAGAAGGAUCGUCUCAAAGGGUAAAAGUGAUUCAGUAAUUAAUUCUAAUAUGAAUACUAUUAAGAAAAAAAAUAGUGAUUCAGAUAAUGAAUAUAGUUUAACUCAUCAGAAAUCUCAAAGCAGUGCAAAUAUAAUAUCAAACCAAAACUUCGAUGGUAGCAUCAAUGAUUCAAACUCAGAAUUUGCUAAACCAGGUACAAUGUCUGCAACAUCCCUUAAUGUGUCUAUGUUCAGAACUCCUCCAUUAGAAGCAGAUCCUACCUUCGCUAAAUUCUCAAAUUCUUUUAAUAACACAAAGCCAAUAAUUAGUGAAUCAUUAAAUGAGGAAGAUGAAAUUGAUGCUGAUGAGCUAUCUAAAUUUCAGAGUGCUCAGGAUCUAAUAAUAGAUAGAACUGCAACCAAUAAUACUUCUGCAUCUGACUUUAAUUUAGUAACUGAUACUGAACAAAUUAGAAAUAUUACCAGUGUUGAAAAUAAUAAUUCUAUAAUAAAGGAAAUGUCUUCCCAUGACUCUAUCUCUUCAGUAUCAUUAAAAAGUGAAGUCAGAGAAUUACAAGAAAUGAAGUUCCAAUUAAAGAGAGAAAUUGAUUUAUUAAGAAAUGAACGUAACAGCUUAGUUUCAGAAAUCAAUAGUUUAAGGCAAGAGAGAAGCAAAAGCAUUUCUACUCCAUCAUCAAGAAAAUUGGACGAUGAUUCCUAUGUUAUUAAUAGUAACAGUACCGUAUCUAGUUAUAAUGGUACGGCUACUACUUAUAGUAAUUCCAGUAGUGAGCAUCAUCCAAAUUUAAGUCCAUUUCCAAAUGUUUCCAGAUCCAAUACUACUAAGCCUAAAUUUUGGAAAAUAUUUGGUAGCAAACAACAGUCACCCAGUCAUGAUUCAAGGGGUAAUCCUACCAUUUCAUCACCGCAGAAAAUGUCGAGUAUAGAAUCAAGAUCUGAUCAUAGUAAUGGACCAAGUAUAUCAAUCAAUAGUACCAGCAAUUAUGUAAACAAGGUUGAAAUAUCUGGCCCAAUUCGUCAAAAUCCAAGAGAUAUUAAUAAUAAAAAACUAAAUUUACCUGAUAAUAUUCCGAAGGAUUUAUACACAACAGUGUCUCCUCUACCUCCAAGCGAUUCUACUGGUCAGAAUCUAUAUAACUCAUCUUUGGUGACAAGAUGUAAGUUUGAAAAAACAGAAAUUCCAUUAAUUAUUAGAACAUGUAUUAAUUAUGUGGAAUUAAAUGAAAAUAAUUUGAAAACUGAAGGUCUAUAUAGAAAGUCAGGCUCUCAAAUUUUAAUUGAGCAAAUUGAGAGACAAUUCGCAUCAUUGAAAGACUCAGCAAUUUCACCUUCCUUAACUGAAUUAUUGCGUGAAGAUAUUCAUGCCGUUGCUGGUGUAUUGAAACGUUACUUGAGGAAAUUGUAUGAUCCCAUUAUCACCUUUGAAGCAUAUGAUCCAUUAAUUAAAAUUGUCAGGAAUAAUGAUUUAAUUAACAAGUUACCAUUAAAUAGUAACGAGGACAAUGAUAUUAAAAAGACAGACAGCGUUAAUUCUUUGAACAGAUUUGUUCUUACCUCAAUGACAAAAAUUAUUAAUUCAUUACCUAAAGAGCAUUACAAUGUAUUAAAAUUCUUGUCGCAGCAUUUAAGUAAAGUUGCAAGCUUUAGUGAAGUUAAUCUAAUGACAUUAUUUAAUUUAUCGGUUGUUUUUGCUCCAGGGUUACUCCGUGAUCACAAUGGUGAAAAGGACAUCACUGAUUUAAAAGUUAGAAACUACGCUAUCGGAUAUAUUCUUGAGAAUCACCGUAGUAUUUUUGUUUAA